AUUCACCCAGUACCCCUGGCAUUGACGUUAAUGUUAUCGAGCUAUCAGAACAAAAGGCAGAAGAUCCCUGGAAGAAAAGAGAAGUGAACAAAUUUAUGACCAGUGAAAGUGAGGCAAAGACUGUGUUUUACAAAAAAACUGUCGAGUACCUUCAGAGGAAUUUAGAAGACACUGAUAGUGACCAUGACAUUGAUAGUGGAGUUCAGCUGUAUUUUGAAGGGGAUGCGCCAGAACCAGUGAAGCCAGUGAAGAGAACAAAAUUAUCAAGUGAAGAAAUUUCAGAAAUCAAAUUGCAGGCUAAUAUUUUGACCACUGAACACGACCAGAAAGAAGUUCUUCGGGUAUUUGUAACUGACUUUGCUGGACAGUCAAUCUAUUACGAUACCCAUGGCUGCUUUGUGAAACCGCAUUGCCCUUAUGUUUUGGUUCACGACCUUUCUCUGGAGUUUGAUGAACCCGCCGUUCCCAGGUUUAAAGACAGAGAUGAAGAGGAAGAGAUAGAGAUGAACAAUCCUCAUCGUAAUACUAAUUUAGAUAAUUUUACAUCAUGGUUGAAGUUCCUGCAAGGUUUAGGAGAAUGGCAAGAUCAACAGUUUCCUGAUAAAUCUGGUCACUGUACCACUGCAAAAGGUGAGAACUUUAAACGGCCACCAGUAUUAAUAGCCUUAACUCACAGUGAUAAGGUGAAAGGCAACGACAGCAAAAUAGAUAGCGUACUAAAGAGAAUAAAAAAUGUCGUGUCUGAAGGAAAAUAUGAGAAUGUCAUCCCUGGGGUUUUCCAGAUCGACAAUACAUUGGAAGGCGACGACGGAGACGACGUGCGAAAGCUUCGUAGAAAGCUUUUUGACCUUUCGAAUGCAGUGCUUGACCAGGAGACUUUUGUGCCUGUGAAGUGGCUAGAUUUUGAAGCUGCUCUAAGCCGGAAGCUAUCACCAGAUUGCAAGUAUAUCCCAGUUGACGAAGCUAAGCGGGAAGCGGAGGCCUGUGACGUUGGGGAGUUUGAUCAAGCUAUCAAAUUUCUACACCGUCAAGGAGUGGUCGUACACCACAGUGGAUCCAGCAAGGUUGUAUUGGAUCCUCCCUGGCUAAUGAAGCGCUUUACGAAAGUGAUCUCCAUGCCUGGAAAAUUGGAUGCCUUGUCCAUGCAUCCUCUUGGUGUGUUCAAGGAGAAAGGCAUUUUGUUUCGAGAAUAUUUUCAGACGCUGGAACACGCAGAACUUUUAGAAGAGCUGCUGCAAAAGUUUAAUUUGAUUUGCCCUUGCCAGUACGAAGGAAAGCCAGCUUUUUAUGUCCCUUCAGUUGCCCCAACUAUUAUGAUACCAGGAAAAGAGUUGGAAGCUAGCAAAAAGGAGUUGAAUGUUCCAUCGCUGUUUGUGACAUUUCCUCGCAAACUUGUGCCGAUAAGCUUGUUUACGAAGCUUCAAGUGAAGUUGAUUUCUGAGUGGGAAAGGCGUUUCCGCAAACAGCAAGCCACGCCUAACUUCUACUGCAACUAUUCCUUGCUUCCGCUUAUUAUAGACCGCGAUGUGUAUGAUAUUUGUUUAAUCGACCUUCACGAGUUCAUUAAGGUUGCCGUUUUUCCAAAACAGGAUGGCAACCAUUUCAAGUUUGCCAGUUAUCUUCUAGCCAUCUUGAAAAAGUGCUUGGAUGACCUUAAAUCUCCAGAUCAACUAUUAUUCAGCAUGACCAGCUAUGACCUCGAAGUGAAAUGUACCUGCUGUUUUGGUAAAGAAGAAAUAAGAUGUUUUCGUCAUCAUGAGAUCCAGUGCCAUUCGGACCGUUGUGGGCACCGCCACUUCUGGAAGCUCAGUGACCUUCAGAGAUCCUGCAACGAUCAAUCCCCUGCAGUUUGCCGGUCGGACAAACGCUCGUCCGAGGUGUUUGACAUAAAGAGUGUAAACAUUUGGCUCAAUACUGGUAAGUGACUAACACUAAAGGCGUUUUUACUUUGCGAGUUUUGAAAUGUUUAUCUGACAUUUUUUAAUCAUUUAACAAUUAGAUAAGUUGUCUAAUGAUUAAAUAUGAAUUUUUUCUGUGUUGGUGUAAUAUACUCAGGUGAAUAUGAUUCUUGUGAUGUUGCUCUGAGUGUAUAUCCAGUCCUUUCCAUUUAAAGUGGUCCUAAGUUAAAAACAAUGUAGUUGUGACGUAAUUACCGAAAGGGUGUAUCUUUGAGCAUUAAUUGCAGUGUUUUGUAAUUGUGGAUUGUAACUGUACACUUCGUUUAGCAAGUGGAAAUGAACCUAGUUUUCGGGGUUGACCAAUUAUAUUCGAUUUAGGGUGUUUUUCCAAAUUGAUUUUGUGAGCACCAUUGACAAAGAAUUUAAUAAAUGUAAUGAUUUAAAGUUUGUCAGUUGACGGCAACCAGGUAUAAUAUCAGUCAUGUUUUCGCUCGCUACUCUGGUUUUGAUAAAUUAAUGCAAAGCCCAGUUGAACUGCAUUCACGACCCAUCGUUUCCACACUCCAGUCCAGGGAUGCCGGAAGUUGCUGGGGGCAACGGGUGCAAUUGGUUAACAAGAGGACAUAUUCCUUAACAAAAGGGCACUAAUGAAAAUGAAAGGGCAUCUAAAAAUUAUUUUUGGCGACCUCCCCCGCCCCCCCCCCCCGUCGCCAAAAAUUUUUUGGUCAGUGUACCAUUUUAGGGGUAAAAAUAAUUUUCCGGACAUACCACAAUUUUUCCUAAAUACGAAAAAAAUUUUCCGGACAUACCGAAAAUUUUUCCGGAAAAUGUUAUUUUUUCCGGAAAUUAAAACAUUUUUCCGGAAACAACAUAGAUUUAAUUUUUCAAAAAUGCCCUUUGCGCAAAAAAUGAAAUUUUUAAUGAAAAUUUUUCACGCAAAAAGGGCACUUUGUGCACCCGUUGCACCCGUAUUCUGCACCCGUAUUCUGCACCCGUAAAGUUGUGAAGACAAAAGGCAACGGGUGCAACUGCACCCGCUGCACCCGUGGUUCCGGCAUCCCUGCUCCAGUCUAGUGUCUUCAAUCUUGACAAUGAAUGCUGUUUUGUUUUCUGUGUUGUUUUAUUAACUGAUACAUGGUUUUAUAUUGUAACUAAUUUAUUAAAAUUUUUUAUACCUGUACAUUUUUGUGCAAAUUUAGCCGAGCAGAAACACGCCCUGAAAAUUUCUGAACAUACCCUUAUAAUAAUGUGUAACCGCAAAACAGGCUACAAUUGAUAUUCAAAAAUUCCCAAACCAACAUACACUGAAUAGCACCCAGGGAAAUUUGGGUGCCCAGGUGACUUUGGCUCCCUGGUGAUUCCAUCUUCUAACACUAUGAUUAGGAGGGUUCGGGGGCAUUGUCUCGGAAAUGUUUGAAAUCUGAGGUCCCUGAAAUGGUCAAAUCCUGCAUUCUGGAAGUCUGUUGAAAGUUAUAUCUACAGUAUUUAUAUUUCACUGUAUUUUUUAUUUGGCUCCCCCCGCCCCCUUUAGCUGGGGCCUUGGCAGCACCUGCAGUUACGACUAUCUAUGACAGCAUAGUUUCAUAAUCACAUGCUUGCAGAAAAGAAAUAGUUUCGUCUUGGCAAAUGAGAGGCGGGGCUUAGGCGUGACAAACCUCAAGAGGAGUUCCAGGGGCAUGCACCAUUGCACCCACAGAAAAUGUUGUUAUCUAGGCUCUCUAAAAGGGCAUUCUCGUGUUGAAAGCAAUAUGUUACUCAUUCGCUACGCUUAUUCAUAGUUACACAAACCUACAGUUGACGCUAACAUUUCUUCGUCCCAUCAUGUUUCAUGCCAAGAUAUGUCAGAGUUGCACAUACAAACUUAAAUUGCGGUUUUGAAUACUUUGGGUUUGGAAAGGUCACGCGGUACCAGCAAAAUGUGAGUACGCAGAUAGCAAGAGUUCCGCGUACCUACACGGCUACACGUGGUACUUGCAUGGUUGAAAACAAAGGAGUACCAGACCGUAAUAUUGGCGUACUUCCGGUACGUAAGUACGCGAAUUAUCGCACUCUGUCAUCCUUAUCCCUGUCCUCAUCUUUAUUGUUAUUGUUGUUAUAAUGAUUAGUACCGUAACUUUGCUUGGUUAUAGGGAACUAUCAAAAUCUUCAUUUUUUGUUUGUUUUUUUCUCUUCUAUAACAAAAAAGCCAACAAAGUUCAAAGAAUGGUAAAGCGUCUUAAAUCUGUUGUUAUGACUGCUUUUAAAAACAAAGAUGACGAUGAACUAACCUACACAG